CAAUAAUAAUAUCCUCAUAACUACUCAAAAGAAAAGAAAAAAAUAAAAUAAAACAGAGUGAACUAAACAUUUUUUAGUCCUCUUCUUCAAAAUAUGGCAAUGGAAGUAGAAGAUGAUAUAUUUUUUGCAGAUUUAAGCAAACAAAUAUCUCUUUUAAUAAUGGACGAUGAUGAACAUGAACAUCAAAGCUCUUCAGUUUAUCGUCAUUCUCGUGACUCUCUUCAGGCCUUUUCACAAGUAAUUCAUCCAGCUACAAGAGCAGGAUAUGUACAUGAGCAGAAUUAUAAUAAUAGAAGAGAAAUUAGCAAAGGAACUGGAGUUUUUAUCCCACUUUCUUCACAUCCAAGAAGAAAAAACAGGCAACCAAGACAUAAUAAUUUCUCAUCAAACACCAAAUUCCAAGGACAAACACAAAGCCAACUAAUUAAUCAACUCCCACCUCAUUAUAAUUCACUAAAUCCUACUAGAUUUUCUUCUUAAAUAAUAUGUUUAAGAUUAAUCAACAUUUUAUUAUAACUUAAAAAUAAUUAAUAAGUUAAUUACCUAGCUACAAUAAUUUAUUUUUUUGGGUGUAUUGUGUUGUACAAAUCAAAGGGGAUCCUUCUUUUUGCACUUUGCAGUAUAUUUUUAGAGAGGUACAACCUAAGGUAUAUAAGUGCUUCUCUUUAAUUAUAGUGGGAUUUAAUUUUAUUAUUGUUUUUUUUAAGGUUGAUAAUAUUGUGUAAUCAUCUCAUGUUUAAUUAGAUGUAAUUGAUUCUGUUGUAUUUUUUUGUUCCCCUUUAAUAACAAUGUAUGAAUCAUAAUGUAUGUAUAGUAAUAAGAUCUUUUGUUAAAGCU